CCACAGGAUAAAUCAUCGGAGAUUGAUGCGGAAGGUCUUCAAGUCGAUCUAAAUCCGUCAAGUCUUCAGGAAGAAAAUUCUCCAGAUGUCGGAAUUUCAGAUGAAAGUCUAGAUGAGGGCAGUCUGGGGAUGUUCGAGAUGACAGAGCCAGUACCAACGAAUAAAAAACGAAAGGUGGUUUCAAAGAGAUCUAAACACUCUUUGGAUUCACCAAAAACUCCGGUGACGAAUGAAAAUAGAGAAAAGUUACUUCUGCGGAGGGAGAAUGAGAGCAGAAGAUCCUCAGGAAGACCAGGACUGAUAGUUCAAACGGAGGAAGAAAAGAGAGAUGACGAUGGUGGAGUCACCAGAAACAAUCCACAGAUUCUGGAGCAAAAGCAGAAGAAACGAGAAUCUAAGCCGAAAAAAAGAGUAAAAAAGACUUCAUCAUCUUUAAAAAUACGACAGAAGCCACUGGAUGAAGACAAAGAGAACGAAGCUGGGGAUCGGGGAGAGGAGAAGAAGCAAAAGGAUGUCAAAUCUUCCAGGGAAAUUAUAAGAAAGACUUCUUCAUAUACUUUUCAAACUAGAAGAACACAUAAAUUGAUUGAACCAGCACUUUCACAAGAUAAAUCAUCAGAGAUCGAUGUAGAAUCUCUCCAAGUUGAUCUACAUCGUUCAAGUCUUCAGGAAGAAAAUUCUCCAGUUGUUGAAAUUUCAGAGAAAAGUCUAGACGGGAGCAGCUUCGAGAUGUUCGAGAUGACAGAACCGAUGAAAAUUAAUAAAAAAGGAAAGGGGGUUCCAAAGAAAUUCAAACUACCUCUGGAUUCGCCAAGAGUUCUAGUGAGAAAUCAUAAAUCAGUAGAAUUGUCCCUACAGAAGGAAAAGGAGAGACGACAAACACAUGAGAACACGUCUUUUCUGUCAUCUCCAGGUGCUCCAACCAACGACUGCUGGGUGAGUCUCCACCGACUAAAGUUGAGCGAUAAAAUGAGGGAAAAAUUCCGUCAGGAUGAGAGCAAUUCGUUGGACUCUCAGAGCGAACCAAUCAGUGUAUUAGUCAGUAUAUCACCAGCAGAUGAACUGAUGAAUGGACUUUAUCGAAAAAAUUUCCAGGAAGAAGAUCCAGAACGAUCAAAUUCUGAAAAACAGAACACAUCUCUCGAGAAGUCACAGGUCAAAUUUUUCAGAAGAUCAUCACGAUCUGUGGAUGAGUCACUUCAAUCAUUAAGUUUAUUUUCCACUGAUUAGAGUACAACAGCGAAUGAAUCUCAGGAGAAUCCACUGGAGAGGAAGCCACCAGAGGAACAAUCACAAUUAUCUCUGAUGAAAAAAACCGAAAUUAUCGAAACAAGAGCGAGUGGAAGAGGUGGGUCUUCUGCUAAUUCACCAAACACAGCUCUCGACAAUUGUUCAGUAGUUCUCCAACGUUACGAGACCCUGGGAAAACCCAGAAACUCAAGUAUAAAUCAAAGCCUCUGGAGCAGUACCCCUUUGGUAUCAAGAAUCAGGCAGAAAGAAGCUAGAUUGCACUUGUCCCCCAUUCCCAUCCCCUCUGCAGCCUCAAAUCAACGAAAUAAUCAAUCGACAGUGAAUCAAAACAGUCGGCAAGAGAAAAACAACGGAAAAGAAAACGUCACGACUAAAUUGCCCCAGAGAAUCCCUUCAAUCCCGAUGAUUGAUGAAGACACAGAAGAAGACAUCAACACAUCAACUCCAUCAGAAAUAAUCCUGACUAGAAUCAUCGACAAUUCCCUCAAACAGAAGAUCGAAAAGCAACUGUUUUGUUCGAUGCAGAAUACAGAAGAGAGUAUUGAGGGAACCACGAGGAUCGAACCGAAUAUUUCGGGAGAAUCUCAAGGAAAACCUCAGGGUGGAAGCAGAUCUCCUCAAAAAACCAGGGGAAAUUAUUUGGUAGCUUCGAAUUCUACUGUAGAAGUUUCUUCUCGACUUUCUGUCAAGGAGGAUGAUGCGAAGUCUGAGGGGAAGACACUUGACACGUCGUCUUCAGGGACUAUGUCUCCACUGAUGUUUGAAGAUAGUGACGAGGAGGUGAACAAGGAAGUGUCUGGAGAUGGCUCUGGUCAUGGGGUUUCAGCAGCUGGAGGAGAUGACGAAGAAAUUAAGAAUCAGGGUUUGGAAGGAGACAUGUCUUCUCGUUUGUCAUCAGUUUCUCCAGCCAAGGGGGAAGAGACGGAGCUCCAGGAACUGGGAACUGAUAUUUCCUCUCAUUUGUACUCCAUUUCUUCAGUGAACGGUGAGGAAACGAAGGCCCAGGAGUUGGAAAAUGAUAUUUCUUCUAGUUUGUCUUCAGUUCCUUCUGUCAGAGGUGAAGAAACCAAGGUCCACGAGUUGGAAACUGACAUGUCUCCUCGUUCGUCUUCACUUCCUCCAAUAAAAGUCCAAGAUUAUGAUGAAGAACAUGUGAAGACAACUGUAGAUGAGUCCCCACAUGUUUCUUCGGACGAAGAUGAAAAGGAUGAAAAGGAAGAGGUGACUGAUGCGGCGCUGAAGGAAAAAAGACUGACGAUGGGGAAAAUACAGUUGCCUGACGUUCUUCUAACUCGAUUGAGCGAUCCAGUCAGGAUCACAGACAGGCGUAACAGGUACCGAAACCGGGAGAAUCGAUUGAGUGCAAUAUCCGAGAAUGAUGAUAAGAGGAUGUCGGCUGUGUCUGAGGAGGCAGAGGGCCCCAGUAUUGGAGAUACUGGGGGGAGUGAGAAAGAAGCCCCUGAGAACGAUGGGGAGACCAGUGGUGGAGCCGUCAAAUUGGUCUUUCUGAAGCCUGGAAAGUCUUGGGCGAGGUCACUCUCUAUUUUGAAUAACAUUCAGAAGGAGGAUGAUAUUGAGGCACUCGCUGCUGGGAAGGGGAAGAACUGGAGAGAGAGUGUCAUCAGCGUGCUCAAUAUGCAGAGUAAAGGCGUUUUUCAAAGCUGCAUAUCGAGUAAUGAGAACGAGAACGUUCACCCGCGUGCCUCCUGCGCCUCCCGUGGAUCUGCAGAGACUGCCGUCAGACAAUGGUCAUCAGCGAAUCGACUCACCUCACAACCCUCGAGUCCAGGGCGAUUUAUUCGGAGGGUGUCGAUCCGCGUCGUGCCCGAUCUUAGGAGGAGUAAGCUCAUUGAUAAGGUUCAGGACUCGUCGUUCCACGAGGCUUAUGGGAUUACGACGAGCAAGGAUCGACGAACACUUGUGCAAACAUCGAUUGUACCAGUCAGAAAAUCGAGUUACAAUUUCCGAAAUUCAACGAGUGAUUUAAGAGUCCCUCAGCCACUGACAGUAGCCAGAAACGUUGUUCUGGACAGAUGUAAUCAGACAGACAGCUGUCCCUUCUCGCUCGUCUACACCGAGGACUACUUGAACAACUGUCGUAAAAUUGGAGAAGGAGUUUAUGGGGAGGUAUUUCUGUUCGACAACGGUAGGGAGAAGUCUGUGAUCAAGAUAAUCCCCAUCGAGGGGAGUGAGCUCGUCAACGGGGAGCCGCAGAAGAAGUUCGACGAGAUAUUAUCUGAAAUUAUCAUUGCCAAGGAGCUGCACGAAUUGAGAGUCAAUGGAACGUACAGGACUGAUGGCUUUGUGGAGGUGAAGAAUAUCAGGUGUCUCAGGGGCAAGUACCCUGACAAACUGGUGGAGCUGUGGCAGACUUACGACGAGGAGAAGAAGUCGGAUAACGACUGCCCUAGUAUGUUCAAGGAUGAGCAGUUGUACAUUGCGUUGGAACUUGGCGAUGGGGGGAAGGAUCUCGAGGCAUUCGUGUUUCAGAAUGCCAGUGAAGCGUUUUCGUCAUUUAUUCAGACUGCCAUGACUCUAGCAGUUGCCGAAAAAUCACUAGACUUCGAGCACCGAGAUCUCCACUGGGGCAACAUCUUAAUCUCCCGAACAACCGAAAAGGAAAUAAAUUACAAAUUAGACAAUGAGGAGAUUGCGUUCUCUUGUCAAGGCGUCAAGGUCUCCAUAAUCGACUUCACUCUCUCCCGAAUGUCGUACGAGGGCUGCUGCAUCUUCAACGACCUGGCGCUCGAUCCCUCCCUCUUCACAGCCGUCGGCGAGUACCAGUUCGAGAUCUACAGGCUCAUGAGGGAACAGGUGGAGAACGAUUGGCAGGCCUUUGCACCCUUCACCAAUGUCCUCUGGUUGCACUACACUCUCGGCAAGAUGAUAACAGCCGUUCGGUACAAGAGGAAGGGAACUAAAAUUCAUAAGAGUUAUCUUCAGAGGCUUCAGCAGUUGAAGGAUGUUAUUAUGGACUACAACAGUGCCUUUGACUUCGUUACGAAUUGCGAAAGUGUGAGGGAGGUGUUGAAAAUUAAUUAACGUCUUAGAUAGACUAUGGAAGAAUAGAUAAAUAAAUUUAAAAGUUUUCCUUAAA